UAAAGAGAAGGAGACAGAGACAUCUAACCUUUCGUUCUCAGCCUUCAUCAUUUGAAGGGUCUGGCGCUGGAAACACCAUUUCUCCAUUUUCCCAACAUCAGAGAAAAGCAGCAGCAGCAGUAGCUGAUUCACAAACACAAAUCCCCUCUUCCUGAGGUCUGACUCCAUGACGAUGUCGCCAUCACCGAACACUCCCGCACCUCCUGCUCAGCUUACCAUUUUCUAUUCUGGAUCCGUCAGUGUUUAUGAUGCAGUUCCCCCUGAAAAGGUCAGUUUUUGUUCUCCCGCUGGAUACUCCAUGAAGAAUGCUGUGGUCAGUUCUCCUGCUGCAUCACCAGUUCUCACAAGAUCUCCAUCCCUUCAGAGCACUUCAGCAGCAGCAUCUCCACAGGCUCAAGUUCUUCCCAGUCAAAAUAAUCCACUUACAAAGCUGUAACUUCCGAUUGCAAGGAGGCACUCUCUUCAGCGUUUCUUAGAGAAGCGAAGGGACAGGUAAUGCACAAAACGCCGUAUCCUCCGGCAAAGGUGACUGACAACAACGGGAGCGGCACUGGGACUGAGCCUACUUCCCAGAUGGGCUGCUUCUCUGAGACCCCCAAUUCUCAGGAGGAAGUGCUGCCUACUGCCCAUCCACACCUUGCAUGAUGAAGUCCCUAUUUGAAAACUUAACUAAGACAAUUUAUCCAGGCUUAGCUCAUGAUAUGUGUGCGACUUAACAAAUUGCGUACUCUAUGAAAUUAGCUGGAACAUGAGACUUCUAUCUGGAACA